UACCUGACUGGGGCUAUUGUCGCAGCGCUAGUGGGGAUUUCCUUUAUCUUGGUGCGCUUUCAGUUGAUUUGUGAUGUUCAUUAUUGCUGCUGGCUGUGUGGUCGCGGUCAUUUUAACCAAUUAAAGAAGAAAGUUAUAAAACCUUGGCCGUCAAAAAGUUGUUUAAAAAUAUAAAGCAACGACCUCCGAUUGCCACAUAAAUAAUAAUCGCUUAUUCCCCAAAUAAAUAAAGCCAAGAAACCAGGAAAUCUCCUGAACGUUGACCAAGUGAAAGUGCAACGACCUUGAAAGCGCGUAGUGGAGCCGCGUUGGUGCGUAAAUUGCACGCAUGCUAAAAUUUCAUUAAUUAAAAAUCGUUCAAUAUAAUAGAAGCAACGUUUGUCUAUUGAUUGGUUUACAAAUAAAUUUUUGUGUGUUUUCGAAUCGCACAGAAGUGUGUUACCAAGAAGUGUUAACAAUACCAACGACGAUAAAUUAUUGGAGCACUGAAAGCAAAAGGCUUUGUGCAUUUAACAUCACAUAAAAUAAAGAGUUUUAAUAUCAAAUAAGGCAGAAAAAUUGGCGGCGCAACCGGAAGCGGCAAACAAAAUGUCACAAGUCCAAGUGGAAGACCAUGGCGAUCACCAUGUGCACUUUGACACCACCAAUCUGAAGGACGAUUUCGAAUCGGACAGCUGUGUCACCUACCAACGUUCCGGCGACACAAUUGUCAUCAGUUUGGGUUUCCUGCAAGUCAAUCACCGAUAUCUGAUCGAUCUUAAACUGCCCGUGACAUUAUUCGACAAUCUCGGCACAACAUCUGUCAGUCAAUUUGAGCCCGCAGUUACCACAGUUCCUAACUUACAUUGCCGCAUUACAGAAUUUUCCGGCUUAAAGCAUGACGAACAUGAUUUCUAUGAAAUGAAAAUCGAAUUUUUCGCCUACAAAGAGAAACUGCUACGCGAAGUGAUACACAUUGUCAACUCGAACAAUUCGCAGGAGGUGCUUAAGUUGAUGAUAGCAGCACGUGUGCUGGGCAAAGGCAAGGGUACACCGAUGCUGCGCAGCGGUAUACAUUGCAUAGGCAUUGAAAGGGAUGACGGGGAUGAGUCGGAGGCGUCAGAUUUUCCCGGCUUUGGCAAGGGCACCUAAGGGGAAGCAACAGAGUGCCAAAAACAUAAAUAAAUUAAAAUAAACCAAAAAAAAAAAAAAAAAACACAAUUAAAACUGUAUUAUAUAAGAAAUUCUAAAAUAAAUACAUAUGUAAAUUUAUGACAUUCUCCACUCACGAUUUAAUGAAUAUUACUACAGCACUUGACUGCAGUAAAGAUGAAUAUUGUCCAUGUGUGAAUA